AUGGCCCCGAAACCUGGGAAACCAUCCGUCGCGUCGGCGGCUCGGCGUGCGCGCCCUAGAGACGUUCAAGCCGGCGAUCCGAUUCCCGUAAAGCACAAGAGACGCUAUCGCCCUGGCACCGUUGCGCUGCGCGAAAUCAGGCAAUAUCAGAGUGGCACCAAGCUCCUGCUCCUCAAGCUACCAUUUAUGCGCCUGGUCCGCGAGAUAGGCAUGGAUUUCCGGCCCAGGGGGAGGGAGUUUCGGUGGCAGAGCCAGGCCAUUCAGGCCCUACAAGAAGCUGCCGAGGCAUUCAUGGUCCAUCUGUUCGAGGACGCUCAAUUAUGCGCAAUCCACGCGAGAAGAGUUACGGUUAUGCAAAAAGAUAUCCAGCUUGCGAGGCGAAUUCGGGGCAUUUGGGCUGGCUUGGGAUGA